AGUCUGUAGUUGUAGUAUUCUGGAUAGCUGUAGUCUUCCUGUUCCAACAGUAGCAGAGACGACAGCAAAAGUAUAAUGCUGCUAAUUUGCACCGGUUUAGCGUGGAACUAUAUGGUACUGAUACUGCUUUAUAGCAUCAAUUCAAGCUUUGCACCACCACCUCAGCAUGCGUUAGAAAAGAGUGAAGUGGCACCCCAUGUACUUACGAAACUGAAAGAUGCAUUUGAGCCUUUCUUAAGAUUCUUCAGGCCAGUGACAUGCCGUCACAGAGAAGGACAAACCUUAAUUCCUUGUCCUGUAGGAGCGGGCCUUAACACAACCAAAUGCUUGGAAAAUAACUGUUGUCCUUUCCAAACCAGCUAUGAACCAAUUUGUUAUAUGCCAUUCAAAGACAAUAUGCAACUGACAUUUCGACUGAUUGCGCUUGUGGCAGGAGGAUUUAUAAUUAUGGGGUGUCUACCACUCUGUUGCUGUGCCAUUUUGCAGAAAUGCCAAUGUCUCAAUCAUUUACGAUGGGCAAACAGCAGAGUAGUGAAAUUUGUGAAGGGAAGAGCACAUACUGAAGAGCUUCGUGGCCUUUUACAAGAUUGACUUAAGAAAUAAGGACCGUAAGAAGAGCAACAAAAACAAAAAGGAACAUCCAGCUGAUCUUGAAGAUCUCAAGCAGGACAACAGGAUUACUUGAGUAUGUCCUAGGAAAGAUGUUUUGGCUUAGUAUCAAAGUAAUACAAUGUUGUCAACCCUUGAUAACACUAUUGAUUUUGCAAGAGAAGGUCUUAAUUUUUAAUUCUUGUAUGUUUAUUCUUUAUCUCCUGUACAAAAAAAGCUAAUAACACUGAAAAGCAAAACUGCUCGUGAAAGUCGUGAAUAAUAAAGCCUAUUUUGUCUAAUUGAUACCGCAUCACAGUGGAGGGAGAUAAAAAUACCAGUUAAUUGCCCGUUUCCAUUUAGUGGUCAGUCUUAGACUAGUAUCUGGAUUAAGAGGAGAAUGUUGUCAUUCAUUAAAUUGGUAGCAAGUGGCAA